GUUUGUUAAUCUGGUCUCUCGUGUCCACGGCCGCGGUCGCUCUCCGGUGUGGAGGUAUAUUUGUGCUGGACCGGGAAAUGGAUGAAUUUACGAUUACCAGUCCAGGCUACCCAGAGAAUUACCCAAAAUUUUCCCAGUGCCAGUGGACAGUUAUCUCAACAGUAAAUAAG